AUGUCCAAGACUCUUGGACUUGUUGAUAUUCCUUCGAGCAGCAAACAUGUCAACCAUACCCCAUUGGCCCGCGCAUUUGCUCAAAAUGUUGUUGACAACGCCGAUGCCGCUCCCCCGCGCGCGCCCUCCAGCCCCGAACAUGCUACAGAGCUACAAACAGAGCCUGCUCAUCCAACCAACGCGAACAUCGCCUUGACCAUGAUGUCACUAUGUCUUUCCGUGCUCCUUUCCGCGCUCGAUUUAACGAUCGUGACUCCCGCCGAUCCCGCCAUAGUCGGCUCCCUCAAGUCCGCUGCCGGUUACACUUGGGUGGGGGGCGCCUAUACGCUAGCGUACGCGGCGGUCACUCCGGUGUGGGGUCUUGUUUGCGCGCUUGCGCCAAAAAUGAAUGCCCUGGUUGUGGGGCGUGCAAUUCAGGGUGCGGGUGGCUCGGGUAUGGGAAUCAUGGUCAAUAUCAUUGUCAGUGAUAUGUUCUCGCUGCGGGAUCGAGGGUUAUAUCUGGCCAUCACAUCACUGACUUGGGCCGUUGGAAGUGCCAUUGGACCGGUGCUGGCUGGCGAUGAUGUUUUUGGAUCAAUUGUGGGGAGAACCGCUUCAUACGACGGUCCCAAACUAACCCAAUCUAUAGUACCGGUCGGCGCUUUCUCGGUCCUCGUCUUGCUAUUCUUCUUGAGAGUCCAAAGCCCCCGGACCCCGAUCACCGCCGGUCUCAAGGUUAUCGACUGGACCGGAAGUGUUUUGAUUGUAGGAGGCGCUCUGAUGGUCCUCUUGGCCCUUGAGUUCGGUGAUGUCGCCUAUUCAUGGUCUUCCGCAACAGUCAUCUGUCUCUUGAUCUUUGGAACAGCAGUGAUGGCGCUUUUCAUGGCAUAUUACCUACCCCUGUACGCGCAAUCUGUCCUGGCCGCGACAGCCUUGACAUCCGGAUUGUACCUCCUUCCAUUAAUUGUCUCAUGUGCACUGGCCGCAGCUGCAGCGGAGGUAUUCAUGCAGCGAACUGGCAAAUAUCUGCCCGUCAUGUACAUUGCGCAAGGCUUUUUGGUCCUUGGAUCGGGACUGCUAAUCAGUCUCAAAUUUGAAGCCAACAUAACCAAACUAAUCAUCUUCCAGAUUUUGAUGGGGGUUGGGGUGGGCAUGAAUAUCGAAGCUCCUAUCCUGGCGGCUCAGGCUGCUGAAAAUGUUCGUGAUACUGCUGCUGUGACUGCGACUAUGGGUUUUGUGCGGUCGCUGUCCACUGCUAUCUCAGUUGUUGUUGGUGCCAGCAUGUUCAAUGGAGGCAAUGCUGCUUCGAAUGUGGAGGAGAUUCAGAACGCUGGGCUGAGUACAGACCAACAAAUCAUGGUUAGGAAGACGUACUUUGAGGCGUUGAGGGUGGUAUGGGUCAUGUGUGUUGCCUUCGCUGGACUAGCCGCCAUUCUGAAUCUGUUCGUGCGGGCCCGUAAGCUCCGAACUGAAAAUGAAGGUGCAGUACUGGGCAUUGAUCGGUCACGGCAGCAAGGUAGCCCCAUGAGUGGGGUUGUGGAAUAG